CCCAAAGGUCCGCAGUCUCUGGUCAUCCCCCUGUACUGUCUGCAGUCUCUGGUCAUCCCCUGUACUGCCUGCAGUCUCUGGUCAUCCCCUGUACUGCCUGCAGUCUCUGGUCAUCCUCUGUACUGCCUGCAGUCUCUGGUCAUCCCCUGUACUGCCUGCAGUCUCUGGUCAUCCCCUGUACUGCCUGCAGUCUCUGGUCAUCCCCUGUACUGUCUGCAGUCUCUGGUCAUCUCCUGUACUAUGUCCGCAGUCCCUGGCAUAUUCCCUGUAUUUCACGUCUAUGGUAGUGAGCGCUAUAAAACCACAGCUUGGGGUUCCCCAGGAGGCUGCAAGCUAACUUGUGACACUGUACUGUGUCCGCAGACUCUGGUGAUCUCCUGUACUGUGUCCGCAGUCUCUGGUCAUCUCCUGUACUGUGUCCGCAGUCUCUGGUCAUCUCCUGUACUGUGUCCGCAGUCUCUGGUCAUCUCCUGUACUGUGUCUGCAGUCUCUGGUCAUCUCCUGUACUGUGUCUGCAGUCUCUGGUCAUCUCCU